UCUCUUGCUCGCUGCAUCCACCUCAAGGGCUACGAUCAAUUGGGGCUGGAUAUGCCGCCCAUGUCGGGUUCAAAGGCUGCUGCGCAGCCAUCGCGCGAGCUAGUCACCACUGGGCCGAAAGCCGUAUCCAAGGGCAAGGGUUUUUGGGCCGGGACGCGCGACAAAGACGGACGAAAGCCCACCACCAGUCGCGCUCUGGUCCUUCGGAAUGGAAAAUACGGAUCGAUGGGUACUGGGGAGUUAGUUCUCAUGAACAGGAUGAGUGGUCGAGAGAAACUGGAGCUACUCGCGGAGGACCUGGUUGAAAAGGCAAAGACUGCUAUAGCCCCGCCCUUCGAUCUCGAGCGGUGCUUGAAAACGGCAGAAUCAGAAUACAAUGCGUACCUCGACGAUAUCAGCAAAUUGAAGGACCCAUCGAUGUUUCGAUACUACAUCGACGCUGAGCUCAAAGCGCGGAGAAUGCAGACGGGCACCCAUAUCGUUCCCGAGCCCGCUCGCAUAGCAGAGACAGUUAUGAUCAGCGUACAUAAUGCAUACAUGUUCGCGUCUAUCUGGAAAAUCGUUCGUGAUCUCCUGCUGGAGCUCCACGAGCUCGGCCUUGCCAGCAACACUGUGGCAAGAAACCAUUUGAAGAAAGAUCCGGAGUUGCGAGCUCGCUAUCUCGUUCUGUACGACGUCGUGUCUGCGCUCGUGCAGGCAGGCCAAGAGAAUUUUCGCUUCCUCGUCACCACCACGCCGCAUUACCAGCAGUACUUCAAUAAAGUCGACCAUGGUAAUUCUGAAGAGCAAGAUGUCAGCUUCGACUGGGGGGGACUGAAAGGCGCCUACAAAUCGUUCCUCGAUUCAAUUAUUCUUGAGCUUUGUUUACCAAAUUCGAGUAUGCCGCGUCGGAUCUUGCUCCAGAUAUUGGGCGAAGCUGCGUCGGAGUCGCCUAAGGAAGCCAAGAGGUUCCCGCAAGCUCUAUGGGACGCCGUAGGCGAUCUCUCGGUCAUGGUCGACGUUCUAGAAAUGCUCGAAGGACCAUUACUCGGAGGUGAUUCCAAGGCAUGGAUGGAAGAACCUCGGCAAAUGCCCGAAGUAUACUCGCAAUGGGAGGAUGCUCAGUUGUUGUCCCUACGGGCGUCUCGGGAGUACAAGAACCUCGAGGAUUUGGUGUAUCCUCUAGAAAAGACGACAACCAAGGGCAAUCUGGAUAUUCUGUGGACGCAAAUUGAUAACAAUUACGUUGCAAGGGCAGGGGACAAGGUGGAAGAGCUGUGGCGACUUCAUGGCGCAUUGGUCCGCAGUCCACAGUGGAAUGCGUUCUAUAAGUCCAAGUCGAAGGCGAAGAGCGAGAAGGUGCCGACCACAUCUAUUAAACGUCACACCGCCGGAUCAGAUUCCGACGACGACGAACCACCGAACAUGGUGUCAGUUGUUCGGAGGGGCGGAAACGGGACGAAGAAACGCCUUGCGCUCACGAGCGGUCAAGACGACGAUUCUGAUUCUUCGAUGCCCUCAUUACUUUCCGUUUCCGAAUCUGCCGAUGAGGAGUCCAGCGACGAGGAUGACGAUCCCGAUGAUUAUUACGAUGACGACGACGACUGGGAAGAUGACGACGACGAAAGCCAAUAUGAUUCCGAUGAUGAAGAGGAGAUCCGGCACAUGAUGAGGGAGGCCAUGAACACUGCUAUGGAAAUGCCGGAAUUCUUGGACCCCAAGGCAGAGCCGUCCGGAGAGUUUGAUAAGCUUGCGAAAGAGCGAGUUGACAAUCCCUUCUUGAAACUCUUAGGUUCUUUGAGAGGUCGAAUGUUUUCGACGAAACCGAGCGUCACAACGACCUCGCGCACGCAGCCCCGAACGGGAUUUACAGGGACGGGCCCGGCCACGGUCCCUAGGCCCAAGCAAACUGCGAAUCGUCAACACGCAAGGAGAGGAUCUGAUGAAAUACCCCCUCUGGAAUCGAUCCCGUCGGCGCAUGCGAGCAGAAAGGCCACGGUUGAGGAAGUCGAGGACGAGGAUCAGAUCGCCGCUAAGAAAAAGAAGAAGAAGAAGAAGCCCAAGAAGAAGAAGUCGACCGCCGUCCCUGCGACCGAUGUUGCGCAGAACGGCGAGAGUGCACAGGCCCAGGCCAAUCGUCCAGCCACGCCUCCUCCGAGGACGCCCUCCCCUCAGGCAUCCAUCUCUCCACAGCCAGGUCUUAUCUCUCCCCAGGAGUCAACGCCCACAAAGAAGAAGAAGAAGAAGAGCGGGCAAGGGUUAACUUCUUCUUCGGCGCCUACAGUAGCUACGAAUGCGCCUUCCAUCCACAGCUUGGGCUCCACAACCACCUUAGCCGGUGCCUCGACCGUGACACUUCCGCUAUAUCAGACACAAACUGCACAAUCUUCCCGGGCCUAUGUCAAGGAGCAGGGUCUAGACGAGAAGAAGGAGAAAGUCAAGACGCGCCGUGAUCCAGCCACGCUCCCCCCUGUACCGGAGAAGAAGAGUAUCUUCGAUCGCUUCAGGAAGGCGAAAGACAAAAUCGAUGAGACUCCGAACAAGGAGGCCAAGAGCAGCUUUUUCUCCAAGCUUGGCAAGAAAACUACGACGUAUAUGCACCAGCUACUGCGUACGGCAGAGGAUGAUAGACAAGGCCAAGCUGGCAUGAAGUGGGAAAACUUUGUCAAGUUGAUGACGGAUAUGGGCUUCACCUACGACCCCAGUACGGCAGGAUCCUCCGUGCGCUUCGAUCCUCCUGACCCAACAGCGACGCCUAUCACCUUCCAUAAACCUCAUCCGGAUCCCACUAUUCAUCGUAUCAUGCUCAGGGACUUUGCGAAGAGGUUGCAAGAGUACUAUGGCUGGAGCGAAGAAGAUUUCGUGAAGUUCACCGGAGUUUGA